GGCUGCAGCGGCGUCCAAGGCGUCACGGAUAUUGGCGUGUCGUGCACAAAGCCCGCCGUGUACGGCCGCGGCGCCGGCUACGCCCUGUGGCAAGAAGACACGUGCAAGAAGGAGAACGGCGGCAUGUGCGAAAAGAACGGCUUGAUGUGGUACCCCCCGUGCAAGGCUGGUUUCCACAGUGUCGGCUGCUGCACGUGUUCGCCAGAUUGCCCUGCUGGUACGACCGACGAUGGCGCGUUCUGCCGCAAGGACUCGUACGGCGUCGGUGUCGGUGUAUCGCGCUUGGGAUGCCCCGCAGGCAAGGAACAGAGCGGUGCGAUGUGCUACCCUUCCUGCGCCCCCACCUUUAGCGGCACCGGCCCCGUGUGCUGGCCGCAAUGCUUUGGCGCUACUCCGUUCCAGUGUGGCCUCUUUUGCACGUCGUCGGCUGUAACCUGCUUCACGACCACCGUUCAAGUUGUUGGCUCGGCUGUCAAAGUUGCCUUGAGUCUGGUCGCCCUGGACUUCACCGGCGCUAUGGCGGGCGUUGCCCAAGGCGGCAUCAACAUCAUCAAGAUCUCGCAAUGCCCGGCUUACAACGCCACGUUGCCUUGA